AUGGCAAAGAGAAAGAGAGAGACCGCUGAGAGUGCCGCCAAGGCGAAGGCGCUAAAAGCCACCAAGGAAGCAGUCGCCUCGUCCCCAAAGCAGCAGGCAACCAAGGAAAGUGCGAUCCGCAAGAGCAAGGAAGCUACAGCCAACGGGAAGAUGGAUGUGAGCAUGAGCAAACUUCAGAUCGACUCUACCAAGGAAAAUGGAGACGCAGUACCUGAUGUCACGACUGUUCAAGUCAUAACCGGCUCCUACGAAAGAGUUUUACACGGAUUCGCAGCAGCUCUUCCCAGCAGUCUCUUCACCACACAGGACAAUGCAUCGACACCUGAGGCAGACAGGCCAAAAUUGGAUUUUACCGACACAUUUCUUUUCAACGCCCAUUCAUCCUCCAUCCGCUGUCUUGCUCUGUCUCCGCUGUCAGAUGAAACUUCCAAGAUCACACUAGCUACAGGUAGCACCGACGAGCGCAUCAACCUGUAUUCCAUCUCAACAGCACCACCUGUCGCCUCAAAGCUCAGACCACAGUUGCCUUCCCUCCAUGGCGGCUCCAUCACGGAGAACCCCAAGAACAAGGAACUUGGCUCAUUACUUCACCACUCAUCAAACAUCACAGCCCUCUACUUCCCUACGAGGGCGAAACUCCUGAGCUCUGCGGAAGAUAGCACAAUUGCCAUCACGAGAACGCGCGACUGGACUGCCCUAUCAACAAUCAAAGCACCAAUACCGAAACCCCAAGGCCGACCCAGCGGAGACACAGCCGGACCCGGCGAAGUACCAUCUGGAAUCAACGAUUUCGCCGUCCACCCCAGCAUGAAACUUAUGCUCAGCGUGGGCAAAGGCGAAAAGUGCAUGCGUCUCUGGAAUCUCGUAACAGGAAAGAAAGCCGGCGUGCUAAACUUUGAUCGCAACAUCCUGACCGCAGUAGGCGAAGGGCGCUUCGCAUCCGGCGAGGGUAGGAGAGUAAUCUGGGACAAGGAAGGCGAGGAAUUUGCCGUGGGUUUCGAACGCGGCAUCGUUGUUUUCAACAUUGAAUCCAAGCCAAAAGCAAAGAUUGCGCCAACCCCGAGGACAAAGAUUCAUCAGAUGCACUACUUGCCGUCGGAGUCACAUCCGGCCACGCUACUCGUGUCCACGGAAGAUGGCCGCGUACUCCUCUACGACACAAAUACCACGAUACCUACUGAAGCAUCAGAAAAGAACAAGGACGAUGUCCCAGCUGCCAGAUUAGUCGCCCAAAUUGGUGGCCCAGCUGCAGGCAUGACGAACCGUGUCAAGGAUUUUGAAAUCGUAACUCUCUCACAAACAAGCUUCCUGGUUGUUACUGGUAGCAGCGACGGUACUGUUCGUUUCUGGUUCUUAAGUACGGAUGAGCUAAAGAGUGAUGAUGCGGGCAAGGCAAAGGGCUUUACCGCAGUUCAGGUCGGAAAGCUGCUUGGAUCGUAUUCCACGGGCACUAGGAUCACGUGUUUGAAGGCUUUCUCCAUGACUGGCAAACCUGAUGUAGAGGAGGAGGAAGAGGUAACUGAGAAGAGUGGAGACGUAUCGAGUAGCGACGAUGAUAGCGAGUAG